AUGGCGAAUCAAAACUUCCAAAUUUUGGUGUUUUCUACACUCUUUCCAACCCUAGUUCUAGCAGAGUGCACCUGCGAUAUUGAGAGAAAUGCAGAUGGAAAUAGGAGUUCGGCCCUCAAGUACAAAUUAGGAGCAAUAGCUGCGACCUUAUUUGCUAGCUCUAUUGGCAUCUGUCUACCAAUUUGGGGAAAGAAAAUACCAUCUUUAAACCCUAAAAGCAAUUUCUUCUUCAUCAUCAAAUCUUUCACCGCCGGCAUAAUUUUAGCAACAGGGUUCAUUCACAUCCUUCCCGAUGCUUUUGAUAGCUUGACUUCUCCAUGCAUUCCCAUCAAUCCUUGGGGAAACUUUCCGUUCACCGGUUUUGUAGCAAUGGUUGCUGCUAUUUGUACGCUUAUAGUUGAUGUGUAUGCAAAUUCUUAUUAUAAGAAGAAGUAUGGAAACGAGAACUUUCAAGCUACAGUGGGGGCAGGUGAUCGCAAUAAUGGAGAGAGUAAUCUCUCAGGAGUGCUUCCUCUUCAUACUCAUGCCAUACAUGGUCAUGGACAUGCCUCGAUGGAAGGGGAUACCAUUUCUACUGAGCUUCGGUAUCGUGUGAUAUCGCAGGUUUUGGAAUUUGGAAUUAUUAUGCACGCCCGAUUUAUUGCCAUUGCUUUGGGUGCAUCGGGUAGUCUAGAAACAAUAAGGCCUCUGCUGGUAGCUUUCACGUUUUAUCUAUUUUUCGAGGGUAUUGGAUUAGGCGGAUGCAUCACUCAGGGAAAAUUCAAUGUGCGAGCAAUUGCAAUCAUGUCUGUUUUCUUCUCGCUUACAACACCAGUUGGAAUUGCGAUUGGGAUUGGAAUAGCAAAUGUCUACAAAGAUAACAGCCCAAUUGCUAUCAUAGUGGAAGGAAUUUUUGAUUCAGCACCAGCCGGUAUCCUAAUUUACAUGGCAUUGGUGGACCUUCUCUCUGCAGAUCUCAUGAAUCCAAAGAUGCAAAGCAAUUCAAAGCUUCUGCUUGGGGCAAAUGUUUCCUUUCUUUUUGGUGCUAGUUGUAUGUGUCUCUUGGCCAAAUGGGUCUGA